AAGCCCUAGGUGCUCGGCCGCGCUUUAGGGGAGAGAAGGGCCGGGGUGACCGCUUGGCAUGCUAGGAAUUGUAGUUCGAUGGUAGUUUAGGGUUCCAGGUGUGGAGGCUUCAAAAUCCAAGGUUUGACCUCAGCCUGCCCUUGCUAUUGCCUAGGCCACAGGUAAGCCGUUAUUGGCUGCCGUUAAGGACCGUUACCAUUCCCGGGUAAGUGAGAGGGCCAGAGGCCGGUGGAUGCGACCCGUCCGGAGCUCGCAUGAUUCGGGCCUUGGAGGAGACUUUCCUGCAAGAAGUCCGGUUGGCCCCUGUCCGCUUUCCUCCCUCGGCACACUUGGCAAUCUCUGGUCGUUGGUAGUUCAAGGCCUCGCGAGGCAGGAGACCUGACUGCUCAGCCGGGCCUCGCCGCUUCUUGUCCUUCACGUGCUGAUCUCCACUCAGCCUUUCUGCACACAUUUUCCCUUUCUUUCUCCAAAACAGCACUCCACAACUACUCUUUACUGAGCACGUGUAUGCCAGGCACUGUGGUAAGGCUUUUCAUACAUUCUCUCAUUUUAUCCUCUCAACAAGCCUAGAAUGCGGAUGAUAUUAUUAUUCCUCUUUUUCACAGAUGAAGAAAUGAGGCCCAGAGAGAUUGGUCACUUGCACACAGUCACAGAGCUAAUACGUGGCGAAGUCAGUAUACAAAUGGGGAUUUAUCUGCCCCUAGGCCUUCUGAAUUCUUUACCACCACAAAAGUUCCAGUGUCUGAUAUGCACAUCUACCCAAGGAAAUCUGUUAUUAGAAGUGGUUGAGCUGGCCUUACUCUCCAGUGACUCCCUGGCUCCUGGUUCUGAGUGUUCUGACCUCCCUCUUUCCUGGGCAAGAUGUUCCUGGUGGGCCUGACAGGGGACAUUGCCUCGGGCAAGAGCUCAGUGACCCAGGUGUUCCAGCAGCUGGGCUGUGCAGUGAUUGAUGUGGACGUCAUUGCCCGGCAUGUGGUCCAGCCAGGAUACCCUGCCUACCGGCGCAUUGUGGAGGCCUUCGGCACUGAAGUCUUGCUAGAGAAUGGUGACAUCAACCGCAAGGUCCUGGGGGACCUGAUCUUUAACCAGCCUGACCUGCGGCGGCUGCUCAACACCAUCACCCACCCUGAGAUCCACAAGGAAAUGAUGAAAGAGACCUUCAAGUACUUUCUCCGGGGAUACCGCUAUGUGAUUCUGGAUAUCCCCCUGCUGUUUGAGACCAAGAAGCUGCUCAAGUACAUGAAACACACCGUGGUAGUGUACUGUGACCGGGAUACACAGUUGAGACGGCUGAUGCAGCGGAACAAGCUGAACCGCCAGGAGGCAGAGGCCCGCAUCUCAGCCCAGCUGCCCCUGAAGGACAAAGCCCGCAUGGCCCGCCACGUUUUGGACAACUCGGGCGAGUGGAGCAUCACCAAACGCCAGGUCAUCCUCCUGCAUGCUGAGCUGGAGCGCUCCCUAGAGUACCUGCCACUGAGGCUCAGCAUCCUCACAGGCCUGGUUGGCAUUGCCAGCCUCCUCUACCUGCUCACCCGCUACCUCCUUCCUGCCCCCUAGCUGGGCAGUCCGAGUCAGGAAGCCCCAGGUCAUACCCCUCACACCAUACACACACACACUCUCAGACACGAUCUGAAUCUGGGCUGGGGCCUGCACUGGGUGGACCCUUCUUUGGAGAGCAUCCUGUCGGAAGUGGAGAAAAAGCUGCCAGUUGCUAUUCCUUCCUACCUUCCCCAAGGAUCCUCUCCUCGGGCAGCACCUACAGAACAGUAUCCGUGAUGGUACAUAACAGCAACACUCAGGGACCGUCUGUUAUAAGUAUCUUGUGAGUGGGGUGGGGAACACUGUCUUGGUGGCCCUCACCAGUGUAGAGCUAGGAGGCCAAGGGUUCCCUGGGCUUGGCCCCCAUCAUGGCCAAAACCUCCUUAGUGGACCGUGAGGAAUCCUUUUGGACCAAAGGCUGUCACCUUCAAACAGUGCAGAGAGGAUUCUCUCGUGGGUAAUGCUGUAGCCUAGCAGGGGCCCGGCUUCUGGGACGCCCCACCAUCCUACCGUGGGACCUCUCCAGCAUUCCCACACCCUGCACACCACCUGCCAGCCUUCAGCCACCCCCUGCCUCCCACUAGAUGCCCCGCUUGGUAUUCCACACGUACUAGGCUGUUUCUGGCCUCUGUGCUUUUGCCCAUGCUGCUCUCCCACGUGGAAUACCUUUCCUUUUUUUUUUUCUACAACUGGCUAACUCCCAGCUGAAAUGUUCUGAAGCCCGAGGCUGGGUUAGGUGCUCUAGGAUACCCCCCCUUGUUUUACCUUAAUCCAGGGUAUAGUCAUCAGCCAAAAGCUGGUUGGUAUCCUAGACUGUAAGGUCUUUGAGGGUAGGGACUGUGUCUUACUCAUCUCUGUGUCCCUGGUGUGGAGCCUGGCUCACCAUCGGUACUCAAUAAAGUGUUUCCAUCCGAAA